CUUAUUUUUGCAGCACACGAAAUUGUACCUUUAAUCGGAAUUAGUGAAAGAAGUCCUAUACUGUAAUACUAUUCUAGAAUGGAAAAUAAAAAUGAGGAAUUGCGUGAAACAGUGACACUAAUUCUUAAAGCGGAGCGAUUCGAGGUUGAGAAACAAAAAUUGAUCAGCAAGAGUCAAUAUUUUGCUGCGCUUCUGUCCGCCAACUAUUCAGAAUGUAAUCAGACGGAACAUAUUAUCAAUUAUGAUAUUGCCCAGCUUUCAUUACAGGAUUUUAUUAAUUGGAUUCACAAUGAUAAAAUUGAUACUUCUACGAUACAUUAUGAUAUUAAAGAAUUUGAUCGCCUCUUGGUCCUGUUGGAGUUAAGCAUUCUAUUUGCAGUAGAUAAUUUAAUAGAAGAUGUAAUUGACAGACUUGAAAGAUAUUAUAUGUCACCAAAAUAUGUAAUUAAUAUUUGGUUAAUAUCACAAGAUUUGAAUAUUAAUGUGCUACGAGAUCUUUCUUUGGCUGUUUGCUUAGAUCGUUUCGAUGAACUGCCAAUCAGUUCAAUUUAUGAACUGUCAAGAGAAAAUUUUCUGAAAUUACUUGGGAACAUUAAUAUAAGAUCCACGGAAUCUUAUUUAUUUCAUGUCAUACAUGAGUGGAUGAAUCAUCAUUGUGAUUUCACAAUUCCUAUGGAUAUCUUAAAAAAUAAAGAAAUAAAAGUUUUACACAGUAUUAUAUCUUGUGAAAGUAGUGAUAUUAUUAACAGUGAGCAAUUUAUUCAUUGCUGGGAUGGUAACGAUUUCUUUGAACUUACUUCAUUUAAAUAUCCCAAAGAUAUUACUGAUCGUAGCACUGGUAAAAAUAUAUUAACAGGAAUGCAGAUUAUUGCAAGAAGAUAUAAUUUAUAUCUUUGUGGUGGGGAAUUUGGUAUUGGUUCAGGCAGAUUUAACAAAAAUGUGUGGCGUUAUUCUUUGAUAUCUAAGAAAUGGUUUCUUGAGACAGUUAUGCCAAUUGAAAGAAGACAUAUGGUUACUGUGUUUUUAAAAAAUAAAUUAAUACUUGUGGGCGGUGUGGGACGAUAUCGACAAAAACUGCAAAGUAUUGAUAUCUACGAUGUUCACACAGGUUUGUGGACAUCAGGUAAAAAAAUGGACUGGGAAUUUACCACAGUUCCUGAAUAUUACGUUUUUGAUGAAAAAUUAAUAAUAUAUACAUAUCAGACUUUACCAAAUAACAUUUUAGAUGAUUUCAUUGCUAUGCCUCGUUUGAAUAUAUGGGUUAACAUCUAUUUUCCUGAUGAAAACACAUGGGAAACAAAAACGGGUUUUAAUAUGGAUUAUUCUCGUCGAUUACCCCCAUUUAUGCCAAUAUUGACGCUCAAAACUCUACCAUGUUACAUUGAUAUUAAUAAUCCAGAUAAAAUGGUUUUAAGAACUAUCACAGAGACGUGCAACAUGGAAAUAUGUGAUCAUGUACAGACGAUCGAACGUCUCGUAUUCGAAAAUGGAAACGAUUCAAAUCGUAAAUACGUAUUGCACACAAAAUGUGAUGCGUAUCUCUCUAUUUUAAUAUUCCCAUGCAACCGUGUACUAGUAUGUAUGGAUUCGAACACUUCUAUAAAAAUAAAUACGUUACACUUCCAUAAUAUUCCUAUACGAAAUCCAAAUAAAUUCCGUUCCUUGCUUUUUUCUCAUUCACCCAGAAAAUUUUUUGAUUUAAUUCAUCCAGCUCACUUACACACGACAAAUUUGAAUCAUAUUUAAUGUAUGUAUGCUUUCAUUGAUUGAAUAUUUAGUGAUUCAAUAUAUUUGAGAGAGAGGGGGGAGGGAGGAGGAAGAGGAGGAGGAGGAGAGAGAGAGAGAGAGAGAG